AGUCUACAUCAUAGAUGUCAGUUGCUCCUAGUGGCGGUAAUUUUCUGUCUGUGUAAUGUGGAAUCUAAGCCCAGCCAAGUGGAACGCAUUAUCAAUGGUGAAAAUGCAAGACCCAAACAAUUUCCUUAUCAAGUCUUUUAUGAUAUUGAAAUAAAUAAACAAUGGAAAAUGAUGUGUGGUGGAACUAUAAUCGGUAAGAGGACGAUUCUGACAGCAGCUCAUUGCUUGGAUGGGAGUUAUGGCGAUUUCGAAAGGAUAAAAAUUUACGUUGGAGCCGUGGAUAAAAGUAAGAGCACAGAAACUGGACAACAAAUUGUGAUCGUGGAAGCUGGCAGCUAUGUGAUUCAUGAAGAUUGGGAUUUGAGCAAAAUGAGCAACGACAUUGCUUUAAUUAAACUACCAACUGAUCUGGAAUUCAACGAGUAUAUUCAACCAGCUAAAUUGCCAGAGCCCAAUAACCUUUAUGCUGACAAAACUACUAUUGUCUCCGGUUGGGGCAUACCAGAGGAGCAGCAGCAGCAGCAACAUCAACAACAUCAGCAUCAGCCUACAAAUGGCAACAGCUACAAGCGGCAAUGA